AAUUGUGGGAUGAUAAUUACAAAUAGAACAUUAUACUCUCAUUUCCGUUAUGUUUCUACAACUUAUAAAUUAACUACAUAGCUUCUUUCUAACAAUCUCCUGCUCCUUCGACAAUGCAAUCCACGAAUUGCCAGCUUUUGUUAUCUGCUAACUCUCCUGGUGGUCCUUCACCUUCAAUGUUUGCAACAGGUCCUUAUGCUCAUGAGACCCAAUUGGUUUCACCACCGGUUUUCUCAACUUAUACCACAGAGCCAUCUACUGCUCCUUUGACUCCUCCUCCUGAGUUAGCACAUCUCACCACUCCUUCUUCACCUGAUGUACCUUAUGCUCGGUUCUUGACAUCUGCUGAUGAUGUGAUGAAAACAGAGAAAGGAUCUCAGGUGAUGGUCGAUGCUCAUCCUUUCCCGAGCACGCCUGAGACAAACAAUACUCUAAAGACAUCUGAAGGUUCUAAUUUCUUCUGUCUUGACACAUUUGCUCGAUACUAUCUUGACCUUGAUGCCCCAUUUUUUCAAACUGGUGGAAGACUAAGUGUUUCGAAGGACUCAAAUGUUUAUCCUAGUGGUGGAAAUGGUCAACGCAAUUCUAAGCAAGAUAUGGAAGAACUGGAAGCAUACAGAGCUUCCUUUGGUUUCAGUGCAGAUGAAGUCAUCACGACAAGCCAAUAUGUAGAGAUCACACAUGUGAAUGAUGACUCCUUCACCAUGAGACCACGUAGUACCUUGGAUGCAACUUCAUCAAACAGUAAUAUAAAGGCUACAUCACAAGGUGAAGGGCUAAAUUCGUAUGGCUCAGAGGCUAACUUGAACCUGCAAAAAAGUGCAGAUAAGAGACGCAACUUACAAGAGCCGCUUGAGUUGUACAAUGCAUAUGAUAUGCGGGGGAGAGAAACGGGGCACAUAUCUGGAGCAAGCACACCGGGCAGUGGAGGUCAAGCGAAGACAAGCAGAAAGUACAAGAUGGGUCUAUGCAGUUCAGAUGCAGAAAUCGAUUAUAGAAGAAGCGGACGAAGGAAAGGAGAUUUUGCAUGGCAUGACUAGAAGAAACCCUUUUUUACUAUUGGUACCUUUUUUUGACUAAUCUGUAGAGUUUUUGGUUUUGCUUUUCUCUUGCCAGAACAAAUUAAGCUUGUGUUC